GUCGCGAGCGGCUCGGCGGCGUCGUGAAAUGGCUCCCGAGUAGCUGCCCUCCCUGCUUCCCCGGGCGGCCAUGGACAAAGCGCCGUCCCCGGUGCCCGGCCUGCCGGCUCAUUCGGCCGCUGCCUCCCUCGCGUGCCAGGACCUCCGCAUCUUGCCCAGCCUCCCCCCACACAAAGGUGAGGAGGAAGAAGCCACAUCCUCACUGCAGGGUUGUCGCGAUCCGGGGUUGCUGGAAAGUCAGCCCAACCCUGUACUGAGCAGUGGCAGUGGGAUUCAAACCCAGGACCAGCGACUGCCAAAGCGUAGGCCUAUCCAAGGUAAAGUUCAAGGGAAACGCUACCAGUGCUCAGGUGAUGGCUGUCGCAUGGCUUUCCGGAGCAUGAGGGAGCUUUUGGACCACUUGAGCGUGCAUUACAGGCCCACACAGUCUCUGGAGGGCAAGACGUUCUGCUGCUCUGUUCUGGGCUGUGCGGAAACCUUUCCCUGCAUGCAAGACCUCGUGGAACACACAAAGAUACACUGCAAGCCAAACCGUUACUUCAAAUGCGAGAACUGUCUGUCGCGCUUCCAGACGCACCGCUCCCUCUUCAAACACCUGCACGUCUGCUCUGACCCCCGUGGCCCUUUGUCAGGCCCGCCGGAGGAGAAGCCUGCCCUCGCCGCGACCGCUGGGCUGGAGAAGGAGCCUCCGGGGAAGUCGCUGAACCGCCUGCCCAAAUUCCAGAGCGUCAUCCAGCAUGCCAAGAAGGAAGUUGUCCUUCCUGAGGGGACGGAAGCCACCUCCUCGGCCCUGGAGAGAGACUUGCUGCCCGCAGGACUCCCCAGCCCUUUGGGGCCUGCGCCGUUGCCCUCGCCAGCCUCACACCCCUUUUCUUUGUUGGAGCCCCCGCUUUUUGGACCGCCCUCUCCGGCUCGCUCCUCUGGGCCGCCUCACGCUCCAGUCCCGGGGCCCUUCUUGCCCUAUAUGCACCCCCCGCCCUUCCCUUUACCUCAGAACCGUCUCCGGCCGUACCUGCCCGGCCAAGGGCUUCCUGUCUCCAACGCUGUAUGGAAAAAAAGCCAAGGACACUCCUCCAACAGUCGCAUUGUGUGGGAACACACCCGGGGGCGCUACAAGUGCUUGCAGUGCUCCUACUCGACGGCAUCGCGGAAAGAGAUGACUCAACAUCUGGAGGACCAUCGCAAGAACGCCCCGCCGCCCGGCCGCCUGGAGGGGGAGAUGGACUUUGGAGUCAGCCUGCCCUCGUUCCACUCAAAGAUGCCGCCAGAAAUGGACGCCUCCCUCUACUCGUCGCUCUGAGGCUUCUUCUGCGUUGGCUUCAUUUCCUUCUGUUUUGUUUUCUGGUUGACCCUGGAAUGGGCCGGAGGAGGGGAUGCCGGCAAUCAGCAUUUGCAGCCUCCAGACAGCACCAGGCUGCCGAGAGGUGACUUCUACGCCUAUGGAGCCAUGGCUCUGGGUUGGCUUCUAAACAGCUCUUGGGGGUAUUCCUCCCUUCCCUUUUCAAACAUGCCCCCCACAGCCUUGUCUCUUAAUUGGCCACUUGCUGCUUGGCUGCAAUCUCAUUGGGCUAUAAAUAAAGGAAGGCAGCCAUCUUUGCGUACCACCUGGGCCGGAAGGUCCCACCCCCCACGGACACCGUGUUCCUUGCUUGCCUCGGCCUGCGUGGCUGUCCUGUCCCUGCAGGUCACAGAUGGUGGCUGCCCACAUCCUUCCCUGAGGAAGCCUCAGAUUUCACUGGGGAAAAGCCAGCCAGGGGUAGAGAAGUCACAAAAAAGGGCUUCUGGCUUUUGAAAAAAAAAAUAUAGGAAUUUGGGUUCAGUGGACCUAGUUGAUCCCACCAAUGGAUUGUUGCGAUGCCCUAGUGAUCUAGUUGCAGACUUUUAAAGGCCCGGGGGGGGGGGGGUUGGAGGGAGUGGCAGCCAGAGGGGUUUGAGGCAGGGAAAGCCCACCCUGGACAAGGUUCUUCCCCCCCUCCCCCUCCAAGGAGACGGAAUGCCACGUAGGGAGGGGGCCCAAGGGUGUGUGUGGUGGUGGAAGGAUUAGCAGUUAUUCUUUAGGACUUUAAAUGGAUCUAGAAACCUUUUUUGUGCAUUUUUCCUUCCUUUGACCCUUUUAAAAAGAAAAAUACAAGUUUGGUUUUUCUUGCUUUAAGGCAAAAACCUUUUCCUCUUUCUAGAUGGUUAUCAGACUUGCUCAGGUUUGUUAGUGGGCUGCUGCUGCUUUUGAAGAGAUAACAAAACGAGACUUAGCUCUUGCAAAUAAAUGGGAAUUGUACAGAG